AUGGCUUCACGCUCCCGAAACGGGACGCCUGAUGCGAGUCUUCAGGCACGCCAUCGCCGACAGCAAAACCAUGCCCAUCUUCUGCAUUGCUGCUGCGGCAGCGAUGAGUGUGCGCUAUUGCGACGUAACAGCUCCAUUCUUGAAUCCGUCGAGAAGGAUGUACACAUGGCUGCUCAACUCGGCCAGGCUUUACUUGCAAGACAUGAAGCGUACAUGGCAGAUGCGGAACGACAGCGACUCGAUUUGAACGCCCGCAUUGAGCGCUUGGAAAUGGACAACCAGGAGCUCACGCUAGAGAAUACCAAGAAAAUAGAGGAGAACCGAAGCCUGCUAGAACAACUCGAGGCUCUCAACAACACUCUCUGCGAUUCCGACCUCAAGAUCAAGACGCUCGAGUCCAGCCUUCUCUUGUCGCAACAAGCAGUCUCUCGAUUGGAGACGGCUGCGAAACGGGCGGCUGAUGCUGAGCGCCACCUGUUCGCUUUGGAGGAAGAGCAAGACCGGCUGCAAAACGAGCUCAUUGCCACCAAGGACGAUGCUAGGUCCCACGCCCAACGCUUCAAGGAGGCGCAGCGCGGCAUCAUGGGCAUGCAGGAUCAGCUCGAACGCAUGGAAGAGGAAGCCCGCCAGGAACGCGAUCGCCAUGCCGAAGUUGUUGCGCGAAUGGAGCGACAGCGCGAAAUCGAGAAGCAGCUGGAUACCGCUGCUGGGCGGCUCAAGGGGGCUGCUGCCACCAAGUCUCUCCAAGACCAAAAGCACAGCAGCAGGAUUGUCGGACACUUUGUAAAGGACUUGCUGCAAGAUAAUGCCAAUCUGCAGCUGGGCAUGGCCGAGCUGCGGGAAAUGCUGAUGAAUUCCAACGACGAAAUCCAGUCGCUGAGAGACCAGCUAUUGCACCAUCAGCCUCUGCCGCAUCAAGAUUCGAACGCGCCGUCAACGUUGCGAGCUGAACUCGAGCCCAUGCUCGAUGCACCGUCUUUAUCUCAACAGCUGCAUAUCCACCACCAUUAUCAUCUCGCGCCGAAGCAUGAACAUAAAAGACCAAGGAAAAAACGACAAAGCCUCCUCCCCGGCGUCUCUACGCCAGCCGCAAUUUCAGCCCCCUCAUCCCCGAGGAGGUCCGGGCAAUGGGGGCUAGUGUCUCGUCAAACCGCGCCCGGUUUGCUGAACCAUACGCCUCCUCCUUCGUUAUCCAACCCGAACCCGCCACCAUGGCAAGCCAGCUCUCAGCCGUCGUCGGAAAACUCAUCAUCUGUGCCCAGCUCGCCCCAGACUCGACAACUCGGAGUUUUUGACUCCAACUUGAACGAUUCGGAUGCGGUGACUUCCCCCACGACAAGCUUCGAUCCCCUGUCGCCCACUUGGCGCGCGUCUCAUUGUCAGAGACAAUCCGUGUCGUCGCAACGGAGUUUCCAAUCCUUGGCCAUGUCUCUACUAGAUCCUGGUCCAGACACGCCGCCAAACUGCCAAACCAUUUACUCCAACUGCGCUGGCAAAACCAUCAAGGAAGAAGACGAGGAGGAGCAGUCUCUGCCCACUCUGAAGCAAGUCCCGGAGCGUGUCAGAUUAGAUGCGAUGGCGACGGAAGACUCGUCGGUUGAUGGGGACUCGGAUUUUUCUCGAGACCAGUUUAUGCACGCCAGACGCUUGCAUCGUGCCUCGUCGCACGAGUCCAUCAUGUCACUCACCGGAGGUCUCGAUAUCCACACUCUGAAAUCCAGGCCCAGCCAGAUGACCUUGCGGCCACUAGGGGGAGCCGACGCAGUCGUGACCGGCGUGGUGGCUCGUCCGACGCUGUCGCGAGCAUCAGCAAAACGAAGCGAUGCCGCGUUGCGCGACUACUUUGCCGGCUUUCAGACGGCACGGGCCAUCCCGAAUCCCGCGGCGCAAAGCUUGUCCUCGAGUCCGGCAUCAUCCGAGGGGGCAUCUAGAACACUAGGCAAAUGGGCGGGAUGGCGACCUUGGGGAGGCAGCGCGACCUCUAGCCCUGGCGGCCCCCCGCCCGUCAUCGAGUCUGCUGAAAGCGACGCGCUCAAGGACAAGGCCAAGAACCGGAUCGUGGAAAAGGAGUGGCUUCGAGUUCCCGGAAUCAACCAGCCUGGUGCCAUUCCUGGAUUUCAGCAGUACUGGUUCUCUCAAAAGCGAAAGGGAGCACCAGCGCAAGUGACCUCGAAAAUCGUGGACCAAGAUGCCUUGGCAGAGGUUCUCAAGUAG